AUGGGUGUACCAUUGUGGGCUAUGCACAACCUCAGGAGGCACGGCAGGUGGUUCCCCGUGCGCCCGCUGCCGGGCGCCCUGGUCGUCAACGUGGGCGACGUCCUGGAGGUGCUCUCCAACUGCGCCUACGGGAGCGCCGAGCACAGGGUGAUCCCCCACGCCGAGAGGAGCCGGACCACCGUCGUGGUGUUCCAGGACGCGUCCCUUGACGAGGGGAUGGUGGCGCCGCUGCCGGAGCUCCUGCGCAGGGGAGAUGAGCCGCGGUACAGGCCCGUGGAGAGGCUCGAGUUUUCCAAGGGUCACCUGAGAGAACUGGCCCAAGGGACGAAGUUCCUCGACAGCCUUAAGAUAUCUUCAUCAUAGAUAACAAAAUCAUACAGAUUAUUCCGAAAUGUGUUUCAUAUAUGCGUCCUCUCCUCUUGACCUGCUUAUAUCAAGUCCAUGUGGCUGUUGAAUUAAGAAUUUUCACGUUUGUUCUUUGUUUUUUGGGAAUUGCUGCAUUGUAGCUGCCAAACAGCA